UAAUUAUGCCUAAAUUACGCCACUAAAUUUAAGCGUCGAUAACGCUUAAAUCAAACGACGAAUCUACCUAAUUCACUUUUUUUUUUAACAAAGAGACAGAUAUUAAAUGGGACAACGAAGCAAAAGCCGAGGCACAAGUUUACCGAACAGAGAUAAUGUACGAUUGAGAACGCGAGUAAGGGAAUUACAAAUAUCAACGGGAAAAUGUGGGAUAAGAGAUCGCGAGAUUAAGAUCGUGCAAAACAAUAACUCACUUUCGUCCGCAUACCUGCAGGAUUAUAGAGAUGAUUCCGCGUACGCAUAUUAUAUAUUUAUUUCCAUUUCUCGUCUUUUGCAACACGCAUACAUCAAUGUCGAAGUUUUACGUCGUAUUGUCUUUUUUCGGAUGUCUAACGAGAGACCUUCGAGUAUUGCGACAAAAAUUUAAUUGGAUCUUGGUCUUUUCCAAACAUGUCAUAUUGUAAAAUAUGGAAUUCUAACAUUUUUAUGAUCGAUAGAUAAGCGCGUGCACCGCAUACCUUUAUGUACAUUUUAAUGGAAAGAAAAAAAGAUGCGCAAAAACCUAUGAUUCGUCCACCAAGAGAUAAAGAGAAACAAUUAAAUUGUUACGUAUAUUUACGUAACAAAAUUGUUGGCAAUUUCAUCAGUGGCGUAGUUACAUCAGUGCAGUGCAAGAGCAUACGCCACAGUUUUUCAUUCGCGAAUAAAAGCCAUUAUUUGGUGCACUCGAAUUUUCUCUUCGAUUUCUUUUCGAAGGUAUAAUUAAUUGGCUAGAACGAUAUAAUUAUUUGGCAGUCUUCAAAGUGAGAAAAUCAACUACGAAUAUGGGCAAUCAAUUAUACAAAUUCCUUCAUUUAUCGCACAUUUCAUGUGACUCAUUCUGACGCCUACCGUUAUCUCGAUCUUCGAGUACAAUUUAAAUUCCGUUAUACAAAUAUACCGUUCUCGGUAUUUUGCAAGAAAGAAAAUUCCAUCCCGUUGUAACGUAUUGCGAAAGUUUGUCGAAAUCGACGAGGAAAGAAGGGGUGAGAAUACAUGAUGUCGCACCUUAUCCAGUAAGACCAGCAGAGAUCAGAGAACACCGGGACCGAGCGAGAGUGAAUUGAGCGAUAGACGUGAAACAUAAUACUACGACAGUGCAGUUUAGCACCGUAUAUACAUCUAUAACGAGAUACAAACGGCACGCCAGCAAGAAAAAACACGUCAAGAAAUGUGUUAAUCAUCGACUAAACCAUUUGUGCAAAAUCGCUUUAGUUAUGCUAACGUAUUCUAGCUAGUUACCGACGUUUACUCGCGGUGAUCUUAUGUGCCGUGAACGACAAUGAAAGCUCUCGUGGUUCUUGCAGCUCCCGUUUUUGUGACAUUGAUUACUCGUGCGGAUUUCAAGUAAUUCCGAUUAGACGUACGAAUUGUUCCUAGCUGCACCUUGGCACGCGCCAAGGUACUCGACCGGCAACAAGUAUUUCCAACGUGUGUACGCGACACAUCGUCGGCGACAAAAAAAGACAUUUAGUGAUAGCUAUACUAUUGGAUCGGUAACGAAAGAAGCUGUAUCGAAAUUACGGAACAAUCGAACAAAGUCGAAGUUAUGAUCGAUGCAAAUGAAUGUGGAGGAGUAAAUGACAACAAAGAGUCGGAUGUUAUAUGGCAGAAAAUUUAUACUGAUCAAAAUGAAUAUCUGCGUAUUUACGGAUUCGAGAAAAGUUCGCCGAGGACCACUCUAACAUACGUAUCGUAUGUAUUGUCCAUUGGAUUGGUUCGGCUAUUGUUUCACUGGUAUCCUUGGAUGCAUCUGUAUGCGACUCAUCGAAAAUGUGCUUUAAGUUACGCCACGAAAAUACUCGCGAUAGAUCAUUAUCAAGGAUACAAGUCAUACUUUGUACGAGAUGUCCGGAAAAUUUCUACUAAAGAUAUAACAGCGAAAAGUUUAUUGGCUAUUUUGGAUACUGUUGAUCAAGAUCUCUUAGAGAAAAUUAAAGAUAAAAAACUAAAAAUUAAUUUGGAGAAUGGCACGCGUUGCGAAGUUCAUGAAUAUAAGGCUUUUUGGUGCAAAAAGAAAUGUUAUAUCUGGGACACUACGAAAAAUAUAUUCUCGAGACUCGUAGGGCUUGACAAUGGUACAAUGUGUUCUGAUCUCCAUGUCUCGUGCAGCAAUGGCUUGUCCAAGGAAGAACAAUUACUUAGGCGCAUUGUCUACGGAAAUAAUGACAUUAUUGUUCCGCUUCAAAAUAUCGGAGUAUUACUACUGCUAGAAGUUUUAAAUCCAUUUUAUAUUUUUCAAGUAUUCACACUAUCUGUAUGGUUUGCGGAAGGCUAUUUGUAUUAUACUAUCGCUAUAGUAUUAAUGUCACUGUUUGGCAUUACAAGCUCUAUUGUACAGACGCGUAAGAACCAAUUAAAUCUACGCGGUACCGUUGCUUCGAAGACCGUUUCGUUAGAAAGUGUACGCGUACUUCGUGACACUGGUAUUUUCGAGAAUAUCUCUAGUAAGCAAUUGGUACCCGGUGAUCUCAUAGAAUUACCAAAACAUCAAACGACUCUCGUAUGCGACGCGGUUUUAUUAACUGGACAGUGCAUAUUAAAUGAAUCCAUGUUAACGGGCGAGUCUGUACCAGUGACAAAAACAUCUUUACCAUUACGCCACACAUUGUACGACGCUAAAGAGUAUACGUAUCACACGUUGUUCAGCGGUACUACUAUAAUACAAACCAAAUAUCACAGCGAUCAACCAGUACUCGCGAGGGUAAUCAGAACUGGUUUUUUAACUAACAGAGGUGCUCUAAUUGCCGCUAUACUAUAUCCACCUCCAGCGGAUUUUAAAUUUGAUAAAGAUUCAUAUAAAUUUAUUGGCAUUUUGGCAUUUAUCGCAACUUGUGGUUUUGUAUACACCGUAAUAAUCAAGGUUUCGAAAGGAAUUAUAGCUGGAGAUAUAGCGAUAAAAGCAUUAGACAUCAUUACGAUAGUCAUACCUCCGGCAUUACCAGCAGCAAUGACCGUAGGAAAAUUAUACGCUCAAACGAGAUUGAAAUGUGCGCAAAUCUACUGUAUUAAUAACAGAGUCAUAAAUGUUUCCGGCAGCAUAAAUUGCGUAUGUUUUGAUAAGACGGGGACAUUAACUGAGGAUGGAUUGGAUAUGUGGGGCGUUGUAGCAUGUACAAACGGUGUCCUUGCCGAAGCCGAGACAGAUAUAUCUAAACUUAAAGAACAUCCUCUUUUCGAAGGGAUGCUAGUUUGUCACAGUUUGACACUUAUCGAUGGAGAACUUUGCGGAGAUCCUUUGGACGCAAAGAUGUUUGAAAGUACUAAGUGGAUAUUGGAAGAUUCGAAUUGCAUUCACGUAGAUAAAUAUGACUCGACAGUACCGAUUGUCGUGAGACCACUAGAGAACGCAAGCUUAAUAAAAAAUAUGAAUGAAAUCACGGAGAUUGGUAUAAUACAGCAAUAUCAGUUUUCGAGUUCAUUACAACGAAUGUCCGUGAUCGUACGCGCAUCAGGAUCAGCUGAUUUUAGAGCAUACACAAAAGGCUCUCCCGAGAUGAUAAUUAAUCUAAGCAAAACGGAAACUGUACCAAAGGACAUUUCGCUCAUUUUGGAGCGAUUUACAAAAGAGGGAUUUCGCGUGAUAGCUAUGGGCCGUAGAACAAUAAUUUCUGAAAGUAAUGCAGAGAUAUCGAAACUGCCUCGAGAAACGAUUGAACGAAACUUGGAUUUCUUAGGGUUAAUUAUUCUGGAAAAUCGAUUGAAACAACCGACGGCAUCAGUGAUUACGGAAUUAAGGGAAGCCAAUAUACGCGUGAUGAUGAUUACAGGAGAUAAUAUUCAGACUGCGGUAAGCGUCGCGAGAGAAUGCGGAAUACUUUCGAUUGAAGAACACAUUGUAGACGUGACCGUAGUUUCGAACGAGGAAAAGGAUCAUCCAGAGAUAAUUUUCAACAUUCAGUCUCCAGAAUCUCCAAAAUUGAGCUCACAAAAUCAAGAUCGACAUUUGCAGAUGUCACCGACGAUCGAAGAUAUAGAAAGCGGCACAGCCAAUUGUAAUUAUAGAUUUGCCUUAACGGGACAAACGUGGCAAGCGAUACGAGAACAUCGUCCCGAACUCGUGGACCGCAUUUGUGUACGCGGUGCGAUAUUCGCCAGAAUGAGCAGCGAUCAGAAGCAACAAUUGAUCGUGGAGCUAAUGCGACUCGGUUAUUACGUAGCUAUGUGCGGAGACGGUGCCAACGAUUGCGGAGCGUUAAGAGCCGCGCACGUCGGUAUAUCGCUCUCCAAAGCAGAAUCCAGCGUGGCCAGUCCCUUCACCUCGAGAAUAUCCGACAUAAGCUGCGUCCCAAAAGUAAUACGGGAAGGACGCGCUGCUUUAGUUACAUCGUUUGGAAUUUUUAAAUUUAUGAUCGCGUAUUCCCUUACCGAAUUUUUGUCCGUUACAAUACUGUACUCCAUAGACUCGAACUUGACGCCUCUACAAUUUCUAUUUAUCGAUAUUUGUUUGAUCAUUAACUUUGCCUUUUUCUUCGGCAAAACUCGCGCGUGUAAGAACAAGUUAUCUAAAACAACACCGAUGACGAGUCUGCUAAGUUUCACUCCGCUCUUAUCUCUAACGGUACAUAUGUUCAUAACGAUCAUUUUUCAAGUGACAGUAUAUCACACUGUUCGGCAAUUUUCAUGGUUCAUUCCGUUCGUUCCUACUAGCAACACCGGAUACACGUGCUACGAAAACUAUUCGGUUUUCUGUGUCUCCAUGUUUCAAUAUAUCACAAUGGCGAUUGUAUUUUCACGCGGGAAGCCUUACAGACGCGCGAUUUAUACAAAUGGAGCAUUUAUGUUUUCCAUUCUUUUAUCAACAGCUAUUUGCACAUACAUUACGGUUUAUCCCGCGGAUUGGGUAGUGAGCACGCUGCAAUUGAUUUUACCACCCGUCUACGAUUGGAGGCUUAUUAUCCUAGCGCUCGCUCUAGCCAAUUUCCUUAUUUGUUUCUUUGUCGAAAACAUUGUAAUAGAGCGCGUCAUUGAAAAUACCUUGAAGAAAAAAUUAUUUAAGCCGGAAAAAUCCAAGAAACGAUAUCUAAAGAUGGAAUACGAAUUGAAGAAUUGUGAAAGUUGGCCGAAAUUCAAGAGAACUGAUCAAUUGCCAAUAUUAUCUAUCCUGCGAAAAGAUUUGCAAAAUAUCGCUAGUAUUACGCAUAACAAUCAUUGUCGGAUCGGUGUUUCGAACGAUCAAAUGGCUGAACGACCGAUUAAUGAUUUUAACAACUCGAAUAACUUACCGAACGAAUGGACUAGUAAAAAAAAUGGAUUCGAAAAUUUUGGCUUUGCAAAUGACUAACAAUAAGUAUAGUGGCGAAACACAAAAAUAGCAGUAUUCGUAUAAAUGUAAUUUAAUUCCAUUUACGUUAACGUUACCAUUUUAUGAAACAUAGUCGAACAUAAUUUUUAUGAAUCGUACGUAAUGCAAAAUAAUAAUAGAGAUAUGUAUAUAGAUCGAA